AGAACGGCGGUUGAGAACUCUAUGGGUGACGUCACGAAAGGAUUUGUGUUGCUCUCCAGCCUCCACCUACCCAGAUUACUGCUGAGAUGUGUAAUCUCAGCACAGCGCUGCACCUCCUCUUCACUCUUACUGCCUUUCUUUCUGGAUAAUGAUUGAGGGGAAGAAGUGAAGCAGCUCCAGCCUGCAGUUCACCUUCCGGCCACCAGGGGCCUUAAUGAAGUGGAGCAGCCCCCGGCCCCGUCUGCAGUUCACCCUCCGGCCACUAGGGGCGCUGAUGAGUGUUACGCAGAGUGUGAACGCCUUCAGAAGGGGAGCAGCGGAAGAAAGCUUCUGGUAAAUACCAGAAGAUCCAGAGAAGAGAUUACAGAUUAUCUGAGCAAAACAAACCACUGCGCCCUGGAUCCUCCUGGAGGAAGGACGCCUCUCUAAGGAACACCAUGGAAGAGCAGAGUGCAGACAUUGAGGUGACGGUCAAAACCCUGGACUCCCAGAGCCGGACCUACACCGUGGGAGCUCAGCUGACGGUGAGGGAGUUCAAGGAGCACAUUGCUCCUUCAGUCGGCAUCCCAGUGGACAAGCAGAGGCUGAUCUACCAGGGCCGGGUGCUGCAGGACGAGCGCACGCUGGGGGACUACAAUGUGGGGGGGAAGGUGAUCCACCUGGUGGAGCGCGCGCCCCCCCCUCCGUCCCAGCCGGCCUCGGGGUCCGGGGGCUCGUCGGCCGACAGCGGGCCGUCCUCAUCCUCGCAGGGAGCGUCUCAGGUGCCGCCGCACGACCGCAACGCCAACAGCUACGUGAUGCUGGGGACGUUCAACCUGCCCCUCAACAUCAUGGACCCCCAGCAGAUCCAGAUGUCGGUCCAGCAGAUGGUCUCCGGGAUGGGGGAGAACGCCCGGAACGCCCGGGUCACCACCAGCACCGGGAGCAACGGGUCGGUGAACGUGCACAUCGACAUGGACCAGCCGGUGCAGAGCGAGCCCCGCCUCCGGCUGGUGCUGGCGGAGAACCUGCUGAGGGACGUGAACGAGCUGCUGCAGAGGAUGGAGGGUCAGGGGACGGACUCGUCCUCCCAGACCGACUCCACCGCUCCUGCCGCCGCCGCCGCCGCCGCUGCCGCUGCUCCGCCCUCCUCCUCCACCACCUCCACCCCGUCUCCCUCUGCUCAGCCCAUGGACACGUCUCCUCCUCCGUCCACGCCGCCGCCUCCCCCGUCCUCUUCGGCUCAGGCUGAGGGACCGACUCCGCAGCCCGGACCCAACCACCCCAGCCCGGCCGAGCUGGCGGAGAUGCUGACGGAGCUGCGCCGGGUGGAGGAGAGGCUGCAGCCGUUCAUCCAGAGGGCCCACGGCAUCCUGGAGACGGCCGCCGGCGCCGAGUACAACAACAACACGGAGCGGGAGGUGGACCAGCGGACCCUGGUCCUGACCUGGGAGUGUCUCCGUCUCCUUGGUAACGCCCUGGUGGCGCUCAGCGACCUGCGGCUGAACCUGAUGAGUCCGGCGCCGCGCCACCUGCACGUGGUGCGGCCGUUCUCCCACUACACGCCCCCCGCCGGCGUGCCCGGCGCCGUGCACCACCACAUCCCAGUGCAGAUGAACCUGGGCGCCACAGUGACUGUUGCCGCCAACAGCGCUGAGGGACAGGCCCCGCCCCCCCAGCCGGCCGGCCAGUCAGAGCAGGCAGGUCAGGGACAGACCUCCCCCCCACAGACUACCCCGUCCAGUCAGCAGGCCGGCCCGGCCCCGGCCCCGGCCCCGGGCCAGGCCGGGCCCCGGGUCAUCAGGAUCAGCCACCAGGCCGUCCCGGUGGUCAUGAUGCAGAUGAACACGGACGGUGCGGGUUCGAGUCCUGCGGCGGCCGGGCAGCAGGCGGCCGGACAGCCGGGCGCCCUCCCCCCGGACUUCAUGAGGAACCUGAUGCAGCAGAUCAGCCAGUACGCCGCCGCCGUGGCGACCAGCGCCGCCUCGGCCGCCGCCACGGGCCCCGCCCCCCCGCCGGGCUCCGGCUCCACCGCCAACUCCUCCGCCACCACCACGGGCCCCAACACGCCCACCACCACCCCCACCGCGCCGCCGCCGCCCCCGGCCGGCCCCCAGCCCCAGGCCCGCCUGCUGUUCACCCGGCCCCCCUUCGCCCCCGGCAUGGCCCCGCCCCCCUUCGGCUCCCGGACCGCCGCCUUCAACGUGAGGGCUGCCGUGCCGGGCCAGCCGCCGGGCCAGGCCUUCAGCCCGGCGGCCCUGAACCAGAUGAUCAGUGGACUGGUGGGACAGCUGCUGCUGCCGGGACAGACGGCCGGUCCCUCAGCCACGUCUUCGUCCUCCUCGUCUUCGUCCUCCAGCUCCACCUUCUCCUCUUCGUCCUCGUCCUCGUCUUCGUCCUCGUCGUCCUUCUCCUUCUCGUCCUCGGGUCCCACGCCCCCCCCUCCCCCCCCUGCUGCCGGCUCCACCCCUCCCCCCCAGAACCAGAGCGAGUCCGGCGAGCCGGGACUGCAGAGCCAGGACCUGGGUCCGGACCUGGGCCAGCUGCUGGGCUCCCUGCUGGGCAUGGCGGGCGGGGGGGGCCCGGGGCCCGGGGGGGCCCCCUCCAUCACCGUCACCACGUCGGGGGUCCCGGCCUUCAUCCAGGGGGUCAACGACUUCAUGCAGCAGGCCCAGCCCGUCUUCUCCCCGCCCCCGCCCCCCUUUGGCUCCGCCCCCGCCGCCGGGCCGGGGCCCGCCCCCCCCGCGGACGCCCCGGUCGCGGCCCCGGCCGAGGCCCUGAACCCGGAGCUGUUCACCGGGAUCGUGACCGGGGUCCUGAGCACCAUGAUGGGGUCUCUGGGCCAGAACCAGAACGACUCGGAGAGCAUCGCCCAGUUCAUGCAGCGGCUGUCCCAGACCACCAACAUCUUCAUCAGCCCCGAGGACCCCACAGGUCAGUCUGGACCCGGACCGGACCCGGGCCCCACAGGGUUCUUCGGGGAGCUGCUGGUCCUGCUGGUCCAGACCUUCACCAUGCCGGACCUGGUCCUGCUGCUGCACGGCCAGCCUCAGCCGCUCAGCCGGCUGCAGCCGCAGCUCACCGCCUUCUUCAGGACCAGCUACCUGAACGGCGCCGAGCCCAGCCGCCACAACAUCGCCGCUGCAGCCGACCGCCUGGUGGACGAACUGGAGGACUACAUCACCGACAGCUUCAGAGAGUCCUCGGUGUCGGUGCUGGAUGGUGUGGACAUCACCCAGACCAACAUGUCCUUCUUCAGACAGCAGCUCACACACAUCGCCACCCACAUCCUGACCUGCACCGACGAGGCGUUCGGGCCGCAGCUGCUCCAGAUGUGUAACCAGGCGCUGUUCCAGUGUCUGGCCCUGAACCUGUUCUGCCUGCGGGGGGACCGCCGGGCGCUGACCGCCCUCAUCAACCACCGGCUGCGCCGCAUGUCCAGCGACAUCAGCCCCAGCCUGGUCAACUGGAUGACCAGCAUGAUGACCAUGAGGCUGCAGGUCAUCCUGGAGCACAUCCCCGUGUCGCAGGACCAGAUCCAGCACUACGUGGUCCCCACCCGGACGGAGCCUCCGGCCGGCGCCGGCGCCGCCACCCGAGAGCCGGAGCUGGAGCCGAGUGCGACGAUCGGGGACACGCUCUCGCCGGCCGCCGCCACCACCGCGGAGGAGGCCAUGUCGGCGUCACCCGACACCCGGCCGUCGCCCCGGGAGACCAGGACGCUGCCCGGAGACCCGGGAGCGGCGGGCGGAGCGGCGGAGGGAGGGAGCGAGGAGGCGGAGGCCUGGACGGCGGCUGUUCCUCCUGAGUGGGUUCCCAUCAUCCGCUGUGACAUCAUGACUCAGAGGAAGAUGAAGUCUCAGCCUCCGCUGUCAGACGCCUACCUGCACGGCAUGCCGGCCAAACGCCGGAAGACGGGGCAGGCCGGCGGCAGCCUGGUCUCUCUCUCAGACGCCGUGACUCAGGCAGCUCGAUCAGCUGGAGUCCGACCGAUCACCUCAGCGGAGAGUCUGCAGGAGGAGCUGGAGACGGCCGAGCUCCGGGAGGCGUACUCCCAGCAGGUGAAAAGCGACAUAAAGAAGCGGGUCAGAGAGGAUCCAGAUUUCAGCUCUCAGCUGUUCCCAAACUCUCACAGAGCCUUUUCCUCCGACUCCUAAUGAGAACCAGGGUUCUCCACCUGGCCUCCGUCACCCCCCCCUCCGUCAGCCCCCUCCGUCACCCCCCCUCCGUCAGCCCCCUCCGUCACCCCCCCCCCCCCCCCCCCCCCCCCCCCCCCCGUCACCCCCCUUCCGUGCCCCCCCCCCCAUCCAGUUUGUUUUAUCAUCCGCCUCGCUCCGUCAGGCUCCGUCAUGAUUUUAGCUUUUAUUCUGAGUGAAGUUUUGAUUUGUUCUCCUGAAUUCAGUCUGGAUGUUUGUUUUUUCUCUGUUUCCAUGGAAACUGAAUCUGUUACCGUGGGAACGUGAUGCUGUUGGUUCAUGAAUGUUCAGCUUAAUAAAACCUUGAUCUCACUUUAAACUCC